AGGUGGUUUCGACAGCAAGCGAUGAACGCACCUUCAGGGUCACGUGAUCAACACAGCAGCUAGCAAAGAUGGCGGCGCUCGUCGAAGUAAACAAGGAAGUACUGUAAAGCCUUUUCUUUUCUUUCUUAAAAUAAAGAACAUUCCUGCAGUUAUGAUUGAUAAAUUUAUGAAACAACAUUUGCUCUUGUUGGCCUGCCUCGUGGCACUUGUACUGGGUGGGAAGAUGAAAAUUGUGGAGGAACCAAAUACAUUUGGGUUGAAUAAUCACCUGCUGUUGCAGGGCAGCCGGCUGCAGGCCCGAGUCUCUCCGUCUCCUAUGUCCGGGCCUCCUCAUCUUUUUCGACUGGCAGGAAAAUGCUUCAGCUACACAGAGUCCAUGUACAAGUAUGACUUCUGUCCGUUUCAUAACGUGACUCAACACGAGCAGAGCUUCAGGUGGAACGCGUACAGUGGAAUACUGGGGAUCUGGCAGGAGUGGGAGAUUGAGAAUAAGACCUUCACGGCGAUGUGGAUGAGAGAAGGAGACUCAUGUGGGACCAAGAACAGACAGACCAAGGUCCUCCUAACGUGUGGGAACAGCAGUCGGCUAGCUCGAGUGUCUGAGCCCGAGACGUGCGUGUACUUUCUGACGUUCGAGACGCCACUCGUCUGUCACGCACACUCCCUCCUGGUGUAUCCAGUGCUGAGUGAAAAACUUCAGAAAGAAUGGGAUGAGAUUGAACAAGCUCGAUAUGAAGAACUCAUCACUGAACAGGGCUACUACAACAUGCUGAGGGAUGUGUUUGAAGAGGCCGGGUUUCUGAAACGGGCUAAACAGUCGCUUAAACAGGAACACACGCCGAGUCCGAAACAUCAGAACCUGGAACAGUGUACGCAGGAACUUGAGAAGCAGCGUGCCGAAAUCGAACGCCUGCGAUCGCUCCUCAGCCAACACAACAUCUCGUACGAAACAGUCACCGGAAGACCGACUAUCCCACUGACCGCUGUGCAAAACCAGCACCUCAGGGGUGAUACAGGGAUCCUGGCUAAUCUUUAGUCCCUACAGAUUGCAGUAUUUUAAUUGAAUGACUUGUGAUGUCGUUUUAAUCAAAGGACAAUGCUGGUUUUUAAACCGAUGUACAAUCAAUUGUUUGUACGAAACUGUUUCAAAUAAAACGCACAGAACCCCUUACCCCAAAA